AGACAUUCAUUCUCCGUUCCCAGUAGAGCGCUCGCCGAGGCGGCUUUCGGCCGCUCCCCCACCUCCCUCUUCCCAGCAUUCCAAGCGGCGGAUAUCGAAAAGAGAUUGUCUCCAGGGUUCGAGUGCUGUAUCUUUCUCACAUAUCAGCAUUGUCAGAAGUAAAUGAAUAUUCAGGAUGGCACCUAUUUUGGAAUGGAAGAAAAUUAUGAGAGUAGAUCCUGAUGCUUUGCCUCGUCAGGAGGAACUAGCAGAUAGUUUGCUUGAGACUGUGGCCAAGGUUGAUGGUAAUGCUUUGAAAGAUGAGACUCCUGCACAUUUAAUUCAGCUUUUUAAAAUUUCUCAAUCACUAAUGAAGAUGAAAAAUCAAGAAGUAGAACUGGCUCUAGAAGAAGUUGAGAAAGCUGGAGAAGAGCAAGCUAAAUUUGAAAAUCAAUUAAAAACUAAGGUGAUGAAGCUAGAAAAAGAAUUAGAGAUAGCACAGCGAUCCACUGGAAGCCGUGAUACUCGAUUUCUGCGCGAUGAAAUUCGCCAAUUGGAAAAACAAUUGUCACAAAAAGACAGAGAAUUAGCAGACAUGGAAAAGGACCUAGACAAAGAGAAGAAAGUUAAUGAACAGUUUACUCUUCGAAAUGAAGAAACAGAAAAUGAAAACAGCAAAUUAAGAAGAGAGAAUGAGCAGCUUCGUCAGGAUGUUAUUGACUAUCAGAGACAAUUAGAAACACAAAAGGAAACACUUCUCUCAAGAAAAGAAGACUCAGAUUACAGGUCACAGUUAUCAAAAAAGAAUUUUGAGCUUGUUCAAUACCUAGAUGAAAUUCAGAAUUUGACAGAAGCUAAUGAAAAGUUAGAAGCACAAAACCAGGAAAUGAGAAAAAAUUUAGAAGAAUCUGUGCAAGAAAUGGAGAAUAUGACUGAUGAAUACAAUAAAAUGAAAUUUAUGGUGCAACAGUCUGAUAUUGCCAUGGACCAGCUAAGAAAGGAAAAAGAGCAAUAUAGACUACAGGUGCGUGAGCUGACAGAGCAACUUAAAGCAAAGAAUGAAGAAGAUGACCCACUUAUGGCAGCUGUAAAUGAAAAAGUGGAGGAGUGGAAGAGAAUUUUGGCUUCCAAAGAUGAUGAAAUAAUUGAAUAUCAGGAAAUGCUGUUGACUCUGAAAGAGAAGCUGAAAAUGGCCCAGUUGGAUGCUGACAAGAGCAAUGUUCUUGCCCUCCAGCAGGGUGUUCAAGAAAGAGAUAGUCAGAUCAAACUGCUCACUGAACAGAUUGAACAAUAUACAAAGGAGAUGGAGAAAAAUGUAUUGAUCAUUGAGGAUAUGAAAAGAGAACUCCAGAAAGAUAAAAGCAGGCUAUCGAUUACUCAACAGGAUCGUAUUGGGGAAAUGCAAGGAAAGUUAGAGAUGCUGGAAGAGAAAGUCAAGGAUAGUGAAAGGACAGCAGAACUUGCAGAAGCAGAUGCAAGAGAAAAGGACAAAGAACUUAUUGAAACUCUGAAGCGAGUGAAAGAUUAUGAAACUGGAAUAUAUGGCCUGGAAGAUGCUGUUGCUGAAAUAAAAGGUUUAAAAAAACAACUCAAAAUAAGAAAUAGUGAAAUUGAAACAUUAAUUAAAGAAGUUAAUAAACUUGAAUUUAAAAUCAAUGAUCUUCUUGAUGAAAAUGAAGAUCUUCGGGAACAGCUAGGGCUUGAUCCAAAAACAAUGAUUGAUUUAACUGAACUGAAAAAUAGCAAAGCAUUAAAACAACAACAAUACAAAGCUGAAAAUCAAGUCCUGCUGAAAGAGAUUGAAAGAUUAGAAGAAGAAAGAGUUACCCUGAAACAACAAAUCCGUAAAUUGGCUCAGGAGAAAGGAAGAAGAGCUGCAACUUUAGGACUGGAUGCAGAUGAUCUACAGCUGAUUGAUACUUUUACUGAAGAUUUAAAGAUGAAAAGAGAGAGAUCUGAGUUAAUGAAUACAUCUAACUUUGAUAAACUUAAAACAAAGGUACAAGUGGAAGAUAACAGUGAUAGUUCUAAGGCUUUUACAGUAGAUGAGUAUUACAGUUCACUAGAGCAAACAUCCACAGAAAUUCUAGGGACAGCUUUAUGUUCAGUCAGCAAUAAGAAUUCGAACAGCGCAGAUUGUCCAGUUUCAUUUUCUGUGCUGGAAAGAACUGAAAGGGCUGAUAAAAAGUAUAUACGAAGAGAGGAAAGGGAGAUGAAGAAAACAGAAGCUUCUUGUCACAUCCAAAUGCCAUUGUGCUCUGUACAGAAAUCACUCUUGGAUUUUCAGGAAGGGCUGCCAUCUUCUCUGCUCAGGAAGCCUAUAUCAUCCUAUAUAGUGCAGGAAAUCCUAUUAAAAAACGAGGAAGACAAUUCUGAAAUAAAAUUGAUGGAUUUGAGAACAGAUUUGCAAGACACCGGCAAAAACCUAUAUUUUUCAGAAUCAUGGCCAGUAGAGCUCUUGGAAGGAGAAUAUGGUCAGUCUUUGAAGGCAUAUCAGGUAGAUCGAGUUGAAAAUCUCAUAAGACAGCUGAGGAGUGAAAUAAUGUUUCUUAGGUCAGAGAAUGAGCAGAUAUUAAGAGACUUGUUCGCCAAGAACACACUGAAUAAAAAUGCAGAGCUAGAGUUUGAAAGAUGCAAGAGCCAGAAAUUUGAGAAUGACUAUCUUGCCAAAGAAUUAAAUGAACGAGAAAAAGAUUUGGAACAAAACAGGAUUGUAAUAAUGAAAUUGAAAUCCAAUUUGAAAGAGUUGGUACAAGAAAACAAGCACCUUCAACAAGGCAUGAAAGAAAUUUUACAAGCGAUAAAGGAUUUGCAAAAAGAUCCAGGUGUGAAAGAUGGAGAAAGUGCUCUUAUGAUUCCUAGUCUGGAGCGGUUAGUAAAUGCAAUUGAAUUAAAGAAUGCAGAAGGACCUUUUGAUGCCAGCUUGCAUUUGAAGGCCCAAGUGGACCAACUGACAGGCCGAAAUGAAGAAUUGCGCAAAGAAUUGAGAGAAUCUCGGAAAGAAGCAGUAAACUUUUCUAACCAGCUAGCUAAAGCAAGUACAAAAAUUGCAAAUCUAGAAAAUGAAAUUGAUAUGCUGAAAAAAUCAGAAGGUGGCAACAUAGUAUUUAAAUCACCAAAUCUUCCAGAAGGGAUGUCUCCUUCUAGUCUGAACAUAAUUAAUUCCCAGAAUGAAUAUUUAAUACACCUUUUUCAGGAAUUUGAAAACAAAGAACAGCUCUUCAAAAAAUUAGAAGAGGCAAUAGAAGAAUAUAAGAGAAAAUUUGCAGUUAUCCGCCAUCAACAAGGCUUGCUGUAUAAAGAAUAUCAAAGUGAAAGGGAACACUGGAAAGUUGCUAAUGAGAAAAUACUACAAGAAAAGAAAAGAUUGGAGUAUCAAAAGGAGGAAGAUGAUAUAAAAAUAAAGGAAUAUACUGAUUUAUUGGAUGCGCUUGAAAAGGAUACUGAUGAUACUAAACAACUAUUUACAGAUUAUAGUAGAAAAAUAACUGUUCUGAAAGUCAAUGAAAGAUCAAUAACAAGACAAUACACAACAUUACUUGAAAUGGAAAGGCAUCUUCGCAAAGAAAAUGAGAAAAUGAAGACUGAGAUGAUAUCAAUGGAGGUGACAGUUCGAGAGAAGAUUGGAUCUUUGCAAAGGUUCAAAGAAAUGGCAACUUUCAAGAUAGCAGCAUUGCAAAAAGCAUUGGAUGAUAGUGUACCUCUAAAUGACCUUGAAAUGGCUAAUAAACAAUAUAAUGAGUUAACUGCUAAAUACAGGGAUAUGCUUCAAAAAGAUAACUUGCUUAUUCAAAGAACAAACAAUGUGGAACACCUAGAGCAUGAGAACACAUCUCUGAAAAAUCAGAUAGAAUCCUUAAAUAAGGAACUAGAAAUUACAAAAGAGAAACUUCAUACAAUUGAACAAGCCUGGGAACAAACAGCAAAACUUGGAGACAGAGCUACAGACAAAGCUACAAAGGCCAUAACCAACAGUGAGAUUGUUUCUAUUUCUAAGAAAAUUACUAUGCUUGAAAUGAAGGAACUAAAUGAACGACAGAGAGCAGAGCAUUGUCAGAGAAUGUAUGAACACCUACGAAAUACAUUAAAACAAGCAGAAGAACGUAACUUUGAAUUGGAAACAAAAUUUGCUGAGCUUACAAAAAUCAACCUUGAAGCACAGAAGGUAGAACAGUCAUUGCGAGAUGAACUGUCAAACAGUGUGAGUAAAGGAAUAAGUGAGGUGGAUAAACGUCGAAUAAUGGAACUAGAGAAAAGUGAAACUGAACUCAAGAUUGAGAUAUCAAAGUUAAAGGAACUUUCUGAUAUUGCUAAGACACAAGUUACUGCAUUGGAGAAUCGGCAACAAUCAAGAGAUAAAGAAGUGGAAUCACUCAGAAUGCAGAUUUUGGACUAUCAGGUACAGUCAGAUGAAAAAACACUUAUUGCAAAAUUACAUCAGCAUAUUGUGGCCCUUCAGGUUAGUGAGGCUACAGCUAUAACUAAAUUGGCAGCUGCAACAUCAAAACUUCAGAAGACAGAGAUCGCUAACAUGCGCUUAGAGCAAAAAUUGGAUGACAAGGAGCAAGCAUUAUAUUAUGCCAGACUUGAAGGGAAGAAUAGAGUCAAACAUUUACGCCAAACUGUUCAGUCAUUACGGAGGCAAUUUAGUGGUGCUUUGCCCCUAGCUCAACAGGAGAAGUUCUCCAAGACUAUGAUUCAGCUGCAGAAUGACAAACUUAAAACUAUGGAAGAUAUCCAGCAAGCUCAGCAAGAACGUCGAAAUGCAGAGAACAGAGCAGUGGAGUUGGAGAUGAAAUUAAAAGGAAUAGAAGAACUAGUAGCCACUUUAAAAGACGCAAGAGGAGCCCAAAAGGUAAUUGAGUGGCAUGUGAAAAUUGAAGAACUUCGCCUCCAAGAACUUAAACUAAAUCGUGAAUUAUCCAGGAAAAAUGAGGAGAUUAAAUAUUUAAAAAAUAUCCUCUCUGAAUAUGAACAGACAAUCAAUCAUUUGGAAGAAGAAAUUGUUCAGCAGGGCCAGUUCCAUGAGGAGCGACAGAUGGCCUGGGAUAAAAGAGAAGUAGAAUUAGAACGUCAGCUGGAUAUAUAUGACAGUCAGAAACAGGACAUAUUAAGUACAGCUCAGAAGUUUAACGAAGCUGCAGGUACAGUUCCAGAUCCUAGCUUGUCUCUUCCACAUCAGCUUGAGCAAGCUCUUAAAACAGUUAGAGAACAAAGUCGAACAAUUCUGGAAAUGCAAGCCACCUGCAGAUCUGUAGAAGAGAAGCUAAAAGAAAAGGAAGCUGCUUUGUGGAAAGCAGAGCAAAACAUCUUGUCACGAGAUAAAGUCAUCAAUGAAUUAAGACUGCAAUUGCCAGCAUCAUCCGAGAGAGAGAAAUUGGUAGCGCAGCUAGAUCAAAUUGAUGAUAAUACCCACCCCCAUGCUCUGAAAAUUGCACACCAGACCAUUGCAAAUAUGCAAGCUAGAUUAAAUCAGAAAGAAGAAAUUCUGAAAAAGUACCAACAUCUUUUGGCCAAAGCACGAGAGGAACAAGAAGAAAUUGCAAAGAAACAUGAAGAGGACCUCAGAGUUCUGCAUCAGAAAUUAGAUGUACAUGUUGACAGUUCCUUUAAUAAAUUCAAGCAAACAGCUUUAGAGUUGAUUCAAAAGCCUUCUUUAGCCGUUCCGGCAAGUAAACAUUUAAUUCAUCUGGCAGAACUGGAACAAACUAUAGCAGAACAGGACAGCUCCCUUAAUUCCCUUCUCAGCAAAUUAAAGAAAACAUCAUCUGACUUACAGAAGCAAAAGCAGAUAACUGCAGUAAAAAUAAAUGAGUUUGAUAACAUCAGGGCCGAGCUUGAGGAGAAGCAUCAAUGUAGAGUUAAAAAAUUGCAAGAUGAAAUAGAAGAAUUAAGGAGUUUAUUGUCAAAAAUGGGAAAAGAAUUACUGAAUAUAAAAAGUGAGUUGGAGAUACAAAGACAAGCAAAUAAUAGGUCUCCAACAACUACAAUGAAGAAUCUAGUGGAACGACUAAAGAAUCAGCUAGCUUUAAAAGAGAAGCAACAAAAAGCUUUGAGCAAGGCACUUCUGGAACUCCGAGCAGAAAUGACAGCAGCUGCAGAGCAACAGAUAAUUUCUGUAGCAUCACAAAAGGAGGCACAUAUGAAUGUUCAGCAAAUUGUUGACAAGCACACAAAGGAAUUGAGGAGUCAGAUUGAAGAUUUGAAUGACCAACUGUUGAAACUAAAAGAUGCUCUUAAAUUAAGCAAAAAUAAAGAGAAUUCUAUGUUAGAUGAUAUGGAUAAUUUAAAUCAAGAACUUCAGAAAAAAAUGAAAGCCUACACUAAAGUUCUAAGGGAGAAAGAUGAUAUGGAAAAAGAGAAUGAAGAACUGAAAAAGCAGAAUAAAAGAUUAACCAGUUCAAUUCAGGGCAAGGCUGAUGAGCAAACUCUAAUAGAUGAACUUCAAAGAAAAAUAAAAAGAAUGGAAACAGAGCUUGGAAAGAAGAGUGAUGAAUCAGAAAAAAAGAAUCCAAGAGAAGACAAGAGCCCAAGGGAAGAAUUAAUUAAAUGGGAGGAAUGUAAAAAAUGGCAGACCAAAGCUGAUGGGAUGAGAAACAAGCUGAAAGAAAAAGAAAAGGAGAUAGAAUCCCUAAGCAAACAGCUUAACACAAUAAAGGAACUUUUUUCCAAGGCUGAAAAAGAAAAAAAUACUUUGCAGAAGAAACUCAAAAGCUGCAGUAUCACUGUUGAUCAUGUUAUGGGAGUCAGAGCAUCUGAAUCAGAGCGAGAAUUAGAAGAGCUUCGUAAACAAAAUAUGGAUCUGGAGAAUGAGAUUGUUCACCUGAAAACACAAUAUGCUGUCCCUCGAGAUACUGUUAUAGAAGAUUUGCACUUAAAAAACAGAUAUCUACAAGAAAAACUACUAGUACUAGAGAAACAGCUUCCCCGAGACACUUGUUCAAGGCCAUCAACAUCAGGGAUAGGAUCAGAUGAUCAACAUCAAAAAGAACAAGAGCUUCAAAAGGAGAAUCUAAUAUUGUCAUCUGAAAAUAUGGAGUUACGAUUCCAGUUAGAACAAGCCAAUAAGGACUUGCCAAGAUUAAAGAAUCAAGUAGCUGAUUUAAAAGAAAUGUGUGAGCUCCUGAAGCGAGAAAAGGGUGAAGUUGAGCGGAAAUUGGGCAAUGUCAGAGGGGCUGGAAGAAGUGGGAAAACAAUUCCAGAAUUAGAGAAAACAAUUGGCUUGAUGAAAAAAGUUGUAGAGAGAGUCCAAAGAGAAAAUGAAGAGCUAAAAAGGGCCCCUGGAGUAGUCUCUAAUGAAAAAGUUGCCAGACUUGAGCAAGAAAAUGAGGAUUUAAGGUCUGAAAUGGAAAAACUGAAACUUCAGUUUGGAAGUGAAUUAAGUGCACGAUAUGAACUGAAGACUAAAGGCACAGAAAAAAUCAUUGCUGAAAAUGACAGAAUACGUAAAGAGCUGAAAAAGGAAGUAGAAAAUUCAGAAAAAUUGCGAAUGGCAAAGAAUAACCUUGAAAUAAUAAAUGAGAAACUGAAUGUGGAAUUGGAAGAGACAACAAAGAAAUUAAACUUAGCAGAAAGCAGAAUCCCAAAACUUGAAGACACUGACACCAAGAAUUGGAAAUCCAUAGUUAUAACAAGGAUGUUUGAAAAUAAAUUCAAAGAAAUGGAAUCUGAAAUUGCCAGAAAAAACCAAACCAUUAGUGAUCUUAAACAGAAAUUACAAAAGCCAACAGAGAGUGGAGAUAAACAUGAAAAUGGUACUGAAGACUAUAUUAAAGAACAAGCUGAGGUUCUCAUAAGUGUUCCUGAGGGUACCAGAACAGAGCAAGAAUAUGUCAGAGAAAAUCAACUUCUCAGAUUAACUAAUGAUCGUUUGGAAAAGGAAAAAGGAGAACUAAUUUACUUGAUGGAAUCAUCUCAAAAUCAAAGAAAACUUAAAGGAGAUGACCUUGGAGCUGGGAAGACUGGAAACUACAGACUAGUGGCAGAAGUAACAGAUCUCAAGACACAGCUUAAAUCUUCCGAUUUGGAACAACAGCGACUUCAUGAAGAAAUCAAAAAGCUUAAAAAUGAAUUGGACCACUUUGAUCCAGCCUUUUUUGAGGAAAUCGAAGAUUUAAAAUAUAACUAUAAUGAAGAAGUUAAAAAGAAUAUUGUCUUAGAAGAGAAAUUGAAAACACUUUCUGAAAAAUUUGGAGUUCAAGUAGACAUUCCAGGUAGAAUUUCUAUUGACUAAAUAAUACUUGAAGAAACAUUUCCAAGAAACUUGCCAAUACUGUGUAUUUAGAGAUAAAUGAAAUAUCUGACAUGGAAAAUGAAGACAAGCAUGUUCAUGAGUGAGGUAUUUUUUUCCCCACUUAUUUUAAACUCAAUAAAAUGCAGGUUAUAAUUUUUAUACAGUUUCUUUCAAGUCUUAACAAAGUGCCUGCCUCAUUAAUCUGGUUUAGUACUUCCACAAGUUUAAAGACGAAAGAAAGAUUAAAGGAACUAUAAUAAUGUAAAAUUGCUAGUUUUUUAAUUGUACUAAUUUAUUAGUAUAUUUAUUUUUCUAUGUUUGAAUAAUAUAUGAAUUGUGUAUAAAGCAAUAUGCUACAUUCCUAAUUUAAAAUGUUUAAGAUAAGUUAUGUUGAAUAAAAGAGUUACAAACUUCAA